AUGGCUGCCACAAAAACCCAACACACUAUGAGCACCAGAUUCUGGAAACCUUCAAGUCCAGCACCCGACCCAUUCGCCGCACUACGCAAACCCGAAUUCCCGCCCACAGUCGACGCGAAAGGCCAUCUCAUAGCCAAGGACAGCAGCGCGAGUCCGCCAGCAAGCCCAGCGAGUUCCUCUGGGAGACGGUACUCUGGAGAGACCGGUGAUGAAUGGGGCACGCAGAAGCGAGAUGUCAAAGAGGCGUGCUUUGACAUUGAGAGUCUAGAUGCGAGUAAGACACCACCAUCAAGGUUUCAGCAACGCAAAGGCAGUAUCUAUGCAACCCCGAAUUCAAGAGAUGGGCAUGUAGAUCGGAAUCAUGAUCGGGAUCAUGCGUAUCAUGAGAAGUUGGCUGAGAAAGGGUGGGGGAAGAAGGAUCGAAGGGGAAGUAAAGCUUCGAUUUGA